UCAGGCGUAGUGUUGAGAUGAGCCCAUUUGCAAGCCCAGAUUAAAGGAGAUAUAUUCGUGAAAAACGACGCCGCACGAAGUGAUCCUCAACCGAAUGAAAAAGUCUCCCAAAUCUGCAAGCCGAGCCUGGAAAGCGGAAUCGUACAGCCUUGAUGGAGAAGGCGAAGCAGUUUCUCAAACUAAGCGAAGAAGAAUUGGCAAGCAUCUCGCAACUCACUUUCCACCCUCACCGACUCGGCCUCGAUUGCAGCUUCUACGAAGACUUCGCCUUAAGAGGCAUCCGAGUAGACCGGGUCGAGCCCGGCAUCGUCUCUUGCACUUUCAAGGUCCCUGCUCGCCUCACCGACAGAAGCGGUAAGUUAGCUACGGGUGCAAUAGCGAACCUGGUAGAUGAAGUAGGUGGUGCUGUGGUGUAUGUUGAGGGUCUCCCUAUGAAUGUCUCGGUGGAUAUGUCUAUUUCGUUUCUUUCCAGUGCAAAGCUCAAUGAUGAGUUAGAGGUCACUUCAAAGGUUUUGGGACGAAAAGGAGGCUAUGCUGGAACAAUUGUUCUUGUGAAAAACAAAGCAACAGGAGAGUUGAUAGCUGAAGGUCGGCAUUCAUUAUUUGGUAAACAUGCUAGCAAAAUGUGAUUAUAUUUUACAUAGGUGUAUCAUGCAACUUGGAUUUUGAUAUUAUCCUUCAAACAUAAUGUGCAUGUGAUGAAUAUCUCUUGUUUGUAAUUCAUAAUUAUGAUAUAUGUAAUGGAAAAAAAGAUUCAGUAUGUUGGCAAUGAAACA